GAAGACCUACCUUUUCGAAAUUCUUUUCAGUAGUCCUUGUUUCUGCCCAAGGAAGCAACUCCCGAAACCCUACCCAAACCUCUCUGAAUCUGCAAUGGUGGAAAGGGAUUCCGACGACUCUGAUGCUCCUGAGGAAGUCUCAGUCCAACAGGGUUUAAAACAAGUUGAGGAGCUCCAGAAAGCUGAGAGAGAAAGCAAGACCAGGAUUGCUCAAGAAGGUAAAGAGCGGAGAAGACGCUGGGCUCAGAGAAAAACACCUCGAAAAUCGAAAGAUGACGGAGCUGUCAAUGAACUGACAGAAACUGAACUAGAACAGGAGGACGGGCAUAACCUUGGAACACUUCCAACUGACAUUGUUAAACUGCUUGUUGAUCGUGAGAAUCAAGUCUUUUUAUCAGAUUCUGAGGAAGAGAAAAACAAUGAAAACAGUAAGCGAAGAAAGAGAAAGGCGAAAACCUUCGGGCCUAAUAUGGUGAUUUUGAAGGAUAUAUCCUCAGCUCAGUGCUUGCAGAACUCCUUGGAUUUUCUUAAGAAGAGAAAAAUGCAGGUUAAAAGGUCAUCUUCGGUUUUGAAAAACUCCAGUCAGGCAUUACGCCUCAUCUCAACGAGCGGUUUGUUAAAUAAGGAAUAAGAUGUUUGAUCUAGAUGUAUGGGUUUUCGUCUUAUAAUUACAGUCUUGAUCUGCUUUUGCUGCUGUGCUAGUAAAAGGCGAAAUAGUGUAAUGAAUUUUAAUAUUCCUAAUUUAUAUUCUGUUUGCAUA